GGCGUCGCGGUCACCCAGUCGAAGCGCACGGAGAUGGUCGGCCGCAUCCACGAGAUCUACAGAGCCUCGCACCGCGAGCACGAGGAGGCGAAGCAGUGGUUCAACGGCGGUGGCUGCAGCGAGAAGGCGAUGCAAUUGCUCCUGGACGACGUCCAGGCGGAGCCCGUCGCAGUGGUGGACCAGCCGGCGGCGCAUGCGCACGGCCCGGGCGGAGGCGGCGGAGAGACGGUGGCGAUGAAUGGCGCUGAGCAGCAGCAGCAGCAGGAGGCGGAUAAGGUCAAGGCCCUCUUGAGAGUGCUCCAGCGGUCAAAGGCGGCGGACGAGAUCGACAAGUUCGGACUGGGCCACUUCUCGAGGAAGGAGUUGACGUGCCGCGUGCAGAUCGAGCUCGACACCAUGGCGAGGUCUGCCUACCUCAGCGCGAGCGGCGACGACGAGCUGAUGGGCGACCCCGACAAGCUCGAGCUCAAGGAGGUCAGCACCGCGGCCAAGAAGCAGAAGGUGACCCUGAUGCGCACGGAACCGUUGUGCGACUCGAGCGUGGUGUUGGAGUUCUGGGGCAAGGUAGUCAGCACGUCGGUGGCAAAUCUGAUCAGACACUCGGACGUGCUGCCGCUGGUGUGCGAGAACGGCCCGAAGUUGUGGAUCGACGGGUCGAACGUGCAGAUCCCCAAGUGCGUGGACUACUGCGCAGCGUGGUCCAUGAAGACGGCGACGCAGCAGCCAGCUGCGACGGAGAUGGUGGCGCCGAAGAAAAAGGCCAAGAAGGACGAGAAGACCGUCACGCACGAGUUCGGCAGCGUGGAGCUCCCAGUGCAGGUGACCGCGGUGAGCGGCCCCAAGACGUUCAAGUACAAGGUGCCCGUGCUGAAGGGCGUGGGCUCGGAGCCAGCGCUGAGCCACGUCGGCGAGUGCUGCAAGCCCGAGUUCACGGACUGGGGCGACGAGGAUAGCGACGCCGAGGACGGCGGCAAGCAGGACAUCGGAUGGAAAGCCAUUGAUGCAGACCCGACGGUCUGUGCUGAGUCGGCCAACGUCCGAG